AUGGCUCAAUUCACCGUGCACACUUCGUGGUUGUUCGAUCCAAAGCUCAAGCGGGCUCGAACAAACGCAUCGAUCACUGUUGAUGCUGCUAGCGGCCUCAUCGUUGAAGUCUUCGACCGAGAAGACGCGGCCAAGCCCUUCGACACUGUCUUCCGGGAUGGAGACAUUGACUUGCGCGGCAAGUAUGUGAUGCCCGGCUUUGUAGACGCACACACGCAUGUGUUUCUGCAUUCCUACGAUGAAGCCGCUGCUAUCAAGCAAAAGCGAGACGAGAGCAUGACGGAAAGAGUGGUGCGAGGUGUCAACCACUGCCGAACUGCUCUGCUGGCUGGAUACACAACAUAUAGGGAUCUCGGUUCGGAAGGCAUGCAAGAGUCCGACGCGAAUCUGCGAGACGCAAUCGCCCGAGGCCUGACGCCUGGCCCACGACUGUUCGUAGCGACAAAGGUGCUCGCGAGCACGGGGUCUUUUGAAUGCCGGACGGAGAACAGCGCCGGCGGUCACUGCCUGCCUGCAGGUGCUGACGCCGUAGACGGGGUUGAGCAGUGUCGACAAGCAGUGCGACGUCGCAUAGCGGCCGGUGCCGAUAUCAUCAAGUUCUUCGCCGACUACCGCCGCAGGAUCAUGAGAUCACCUCCGGCACAGCAACAUCCCUAUAUCCCCAGCGUGCUGCACCCGCCCGCGGACCCGAACCCCGACUACAUGGUUUUCUCCCAGGCCGAGAUGGACGUUAUCGUGUCGGAGGCAGCCCUGGCACGCUGUCCCGUCUCUGCGCACUGCUGUACUCUCGAGGGGGCUCUGGCAGCUAUCAGAGCUGGUGUCAAUUCGAUCGAGCACGCGUACUUCUCCACCGACGAGAUGUUCCACGAGAUGGUUCGGAAGAAGGUCAUCUUCGUCCCGACGUUGGCUAUCGCAGAGAAGCUACACGCCAAGCGUUUCAAGGAAAUCCUGGCGCAGGUCAAGCGUGCCUACGACCUGGGCGUGAGGAUCGCGUGCGGCGGAGACACGGGAACUUAUCCUCACGGAGACAACGUCAGGGAACUCGAGCUUAUGGUUGAGGCCGGCAUACCCGUUGCGGAUGUCCUCGAAUCGUGUACUGUUGGUGGCUGGGAGUCGUGUGGUGGGGAUCUCUCCGGACGACGGUUCGGUUGGUUUGACACCGGCCUCCAAGCUGAUAUCAUUGCACUGGACGAAAAUCCGGAAGAAUCGCCAAGCGCUAUGAGAAAGGUUGACUUUGUCAUGAAGGAUGCACAGGUGUGGAAGAGGGGCGGUCGUCCGGUAGGGAUGUGCUGA